AUGUCCGCAACCCAAGGAGAUAUGAAGGCUACUAUCGAACUCUUACGCCUGAAACAAACCGGGAGCGCCAGGGAUUACAGCACCGAGUUUCUCAGACUUUUAAGCAAAACGACAAAGGAAACUUAUUUGGCUGCACGAUUUUUUCUGGGGCUGAAAGAAGAGAUCCAAAAGGCUAUAUAUGAGGAUGGAGAACUGCCGGCUACAUUCGAAGAUAUGGCGAGGAAAGCGACGACUAUUGACAAUUACUUGCACGAUAAACGGAAACAAAGUGGACUCUGUUAUGCAUGCGGCGCAAGCGGCCAUAUAGCGAAGGAUUGUAAGACGGAGUAUUAG